AAAACUAAGACCCCGAUCCCCCCAUCACGUGCGUCCGGUCUGUACGUAACGGAGCGCAUUGGCGUCGAUCCGUUCAUCAUCAUCCGUGGACAAGUAUUGCUUUGAACUUUUUGGAAAGAACACAAACCGGCUGGUGCUUGUGGACUUCUUGUUGGAUGCCCGUUUGUUUUGGAACCGUGUUUCAGUUUGAGUUGAAGGACCAGAGAUCGUUGGAUUUGUUGGAAUAACUCCGGUAAAAUGAGGACGCAGCUGAUCGGGUUGGUGCUGUGGGCCGUGACCUGUGUCCACUCUGCUGCAGGCUGUGAAGGAGAGGACUGUAGCGGAGGCCAGACCACUUCUUCGCCGCCAUCCUCCUCCUCUCCUCUCUCUUCUUCUGUGGUGGGGAAAUCCCAGCAGCCCUCCCACGACUUCCUGGGCAAGUUGACCCAGGUGAGCUCGCCAAACAGCGGGGACCGUAAACACCGCGACGCCAGCGCCGUGCUGCCCUUCAUCGGCCUCACAGGCAGUGCUGAGCAGAGUCGUAGCUGCUGCAAGAACGGAGGCACUUGUAUCCUGGGCAGCUUCUGCGCCUGCCCUCCGUUCUUCACGGGGAGAAGCUGCGAGUACGACCAGCGCAUCCGGAGCUGUGGUCCCAUUCCCCACGGAGAAUGGGCUCAGAAAGGAUGCUCCUACUGCCGCUGCGGCUACGGCGCCCUGCACUGCUUCCCCGACGUCUUCCAUAAGGACUGCGAUGAUUCAGACGAGGUCCUCUGGUAUCGUUCCUCAGCCAUGAGGACAGUUCGGCCCGGCUACUUCCUGUUCCUGGUGCUGCUUUCCCCCCUGCUGUGUCUUCGAUGAUGUUUUAAAAAAAAACAACAACAACAUGGAUUCUGGACACCAACAGAAUUAUGCAAUAUAUCUCGAGCUGUUUUAUCGGGCUGGACUCCGAAUCAUCCUACUUUUAAGUGUAAAAAUGAAAACCUGGUUUUUAAACUCUGUAGUCAGGCUGUUGUGGUUUUAGGGGACCCUCUAUGACGUUGUGCUUUAAGGGGACGCACACAAGGUCCUCUGCACUGAACUGAGGUGUUCAGACUACAACACAUCUGGAAGAUGGGCCUGUGAAAUAUUUGGGGAUCUUUUUUUAAGGACUGAAGGUUGAAUGGACUUGAACCAUAUCACUGGAACAACUUUAACAUUUUCUAAAAAAAAUUUGGACAGGGGAAGUUAACCUUGAUGCUCUACAAUGUGUAAAUAUUGUUUAUCAGAGACGUUGUCAGUGUGCCUACAGUAUCUCGAUGAAUGAAUUGUAUAUGAAGGAAGCUGUACAUAAGAGUUUUAUGAAAAAUAUGAGGGUUUUUUGUGAUUCAAGGCUCUGUAGCUUGAGGAGAUCUUUUUUAUCUUUGUAAAAUAAGAAAUUGUUCUGGUUUUGAACUUUCUGUCUGUUUGCACAAACUUUGAGCUGUAACGUGUGUUUUUAUGAAAUAAUUCAAUCCAAUGUCAUUAAAACAAUGGAAAGCAGUAUGGAUAGCAGUAACAUGAGUGAACUUGUUUUAUAUUUAAAAGUAAAUUCAUUAGGUUCAAAGUCAUUUUUAACUAUGAGAAAGACUGACUUGUAAUUUUCAGUUAUCUGUGGGUAUUUUCUUUGGGGGCUGUGUCUCUUAUCAGUAGAGUUUAUUGAUGAGGUUUGUAUUGAUUAUCAGUGGUUUUCUUAUCUUAAGCAAACACAUCAGCCUGUUGUUCUGCAGCCUGUCUCUGCCAGCUGCUUCAGCUCUAAAAUAAACCAGUGGAAUGAAAGCCCUUUAUUGAAAUUAAUUUGCAUAAAGGGUGGUUCUUGCCCUCUUUUGUAUUGCAUCUUGUUCUCUGGUAUUACAAGUUUCUCCUGUAUUUAAACACUGCCUUUUGAGUUUGGAAACACGGUGG